CUUGAUUUCUUCUCCUCCUUUAAUUUCUCCCCUCCGCCUCCCUUCACCCCCUCCUUGAAAAAGGGAAUCUUGUUGGUCCUUAGUCCUUAAGAAGAAGAAGACACAUUUUCCUGUGUGUGUCGUGUAUAUCUUCUCUUCCUCAUUCCUCAUAUUCAUCUCAUCAUUGCCUCGUUGGCUGCCGAGCCCCGUUGUAUCUCUAUGUGCCUGUCUGCGCCCUCCACGCUUUUGUCCUUCGCUCAAGUCCGCUCCGCCGCUGGCUCCCCUAUCGACACUUUUGCUUUCUCCAAUUCUUUCUCUUCGUUGACGGUGUCUCGAUAUCCCACACUGGCUGGCACCCAGGCCGUGUCAUCCGCUCGUUCGCCCGAUUUCACUGCUGGCGAGGUGAUUUGGCUAAGGGUCCAGGGUCCGUCCUGAAUAAGGGCGGACGGUAAUUCGGUGCGAGUUUGAGGCCUUUGUGCACAAUACUCCCACAAGUGUUGGAAGCAGGCUGUCUCGGAUCUGUCCUUUACCAAUUGGUG